AUGUUAAAUAGUAUUGUGAAUGGAUUUGAUGUAUUGACAGAGAAGUAUGAAUUGGAAAAGAUCAAAACUAUUGGAGAUGCUUACUUUCUAGUUGGUGGUCUUCACAAUUCUCAAUCUGAUCAUCCAGAACGUGUUUUAAAGUUUGCCAUCGAUGCAUUUGGAGUCAUUCAUCAAUAUAACAAGAAUAAGGUUGUGGAAACGGAAGAUAUCAAUAUAAGAGUGGGUAUUAAUACUGGGGCUGUAGUUGCUGGUGUAAUUGGCUCAAAGAAAUUUGCCUACGACUUGUGGGGUGAUGCAAUCAAUGUGGCAUCAAGAAUGGAAUCUACUGGAGUACCCGGAACUAUUCAAAUAUCACGAUCAACCUAUGAAAGAGUCUUUGAUUUGGGUUAUGAAUUUGAGGAACGUGAAAUUGAAGUUAAAGGAAAGGGGUCUGUAAAGACCUACUUGAUGAAAAAGACGCAUUUGCAAGAGCUCAACGUUUCACACCUUCUCACAACUCAACAAUCUCUCAGAAAUGUUGUCACCUCACAACAGAGCUUGUUUGGAAUAUCUGCUGCUUUGAGAAGAGAUGAUGAUUUAAAGUAA